UUUCUGCUCUGCAUUUAAGUAAGAAUUUCAGCGAAGACGGAAAUCCUGAUAUCUAUGAAUAGUUCAGACAUAAAUGCAAAAUACCCCGUAAAGCUUCAACUUUUGCACACAGCACAUGUAUACAAUAAUUAGUUUCUCAAGGCGACUUGCAUACAGUUGAAGUAUGAACACAGGGUUAAACGAACAGAAUGCAAUCAUUACUGCAAGACCCGCACGAAGUUGAUACAGAUUUGCAUAAAUUCCUUCCACACUCUUAAGGACACGCAACAGAAGCCGGCAGAAGGUCAACAUCGUGCUCAAUUGACAAAUUUAUGUGCAAUAAGGUUUUCCAUUAUUACCAUCACUCCAGCCAGCCAACCAUCGAAUUCCACGCUGCAAAAAGAGUCACGCAUUGCUCUGGUGACCGAAAAACUGAAAAAAAAAAAUUGUCAUCACAUUCCUCCACACAGUGUUACAGUUACGGCAGCAACGAAGAGAGCAGAAGCGCGGAUAAAAUAAUAGCAUAAUUUCCAUACACCUUCAUGAUGGAACAUGACACCUAGUCCCACUGCCGCCAAAACAAGGCAAACGAAGAAGAAGAAGAAAGAAGAAUAAGUGAACCCCCGGCAAAGUAAAGUGUGUGACAUCGAAGAAAAAAAGUAAAAGAGUUGAAGGUGAUAAUUUUUAUUUCUUACUGUUCAGCGUUUCGCUUCGUCUUCAUCUUCGUCGUGAACGACGCUGCGCGGCCUGCUUGUCUCGAGUGUGAGUGAUUUGAAAUUGAAAGUGGAGCACACGGGCAUAAGAAGACGACGACUGAGAGACGGAGAAAGAGCAAACGCAAAAUAUCACCUGGAAACCCAAGAAGCCAGUUCCAGUGGCCGAGUGCCGGAAAAAGUGACACAAUCGAAUUACCGCAUUUCUUCUCUUCGUGUCUCGUUUGGAGCGCCAUUUUUUUUAGAGUCGUGUUUUUUUUUUGUUUUCGGUCGAAAAAUUGUAUAAUCGAUUGGCGUGUGAGAGCGGCAAUCAGCCGGAAAGAAGGCACCACGAGCCAGUCCUAUUAGACUUGCAAAUUUGGCGCUAUAGUGGCAGAAAAUUAAUAUUUCGGAUUCCGGAGCCGGAAAAAUUAAAAAAAAAAAACAUAAAAAUUAAGUUAUUUUUUGGCAAUAGUGACACCCACGACCCCGUCGCGGCCGAUCGAGGCCAUUUCCAGGCCUUCGGGGAAACAUGAAACUAGGAAACGGCCGGGUCGUAGAUAGAGACAAACCGGUGAUGUACUGAUUCGGAAGGGGUUACGAACAGCAGAUUACGCCGUAGCACCAGAAUCGGCUUAGCCGAUCGAGAAGACCCGCUUCGACACCUGAACGAGAGCGUGCCUAUGGGCAACGGAAACAAAAAGAUGCGGCGCCGAUCUAGGAUGAAGGUUCUCAAGAUCUUGCAGUCAUUCUCGCAAGGGACAUUCAUUGCGUUUAUACUAUCGCUUCUCUACUGUGGACGAAGCUUAGCGGAACCUGGUUACCUAGACUUUGACAACCUGCCGGAAACGAACUUCACAUGCGCCGGCAAGGUGAUCGGUGGUUACUACGCCGAUCUGGAAGCGUCGUGUCAGAUGUUCCACGUGUGUACCAUCGGUCAGGGUGACGAACCGAUGGACAUCAAAUUUCUCUGCCUAAACGGAACCGUGUUCGACCAGGAGACACGUGUAUGCGAACGCGUCGACGAAGUCGAUUGCACCAAGUCGGAGGGAUUCUACUACUUAAAUUUGGAACUGUACGGAAACACGAUCAUCCCGGCACCGGAAGAGAGCAGCUCGGAGGAGUUCUCCAGUAGUGCUAGCAGUCCGUCUUCCACUUCGACGUCGACUACCACAACGACGACCAGCACAACCACAACCAAAAAGCCAACAACGACAACGCCAUCACGUAGAUUUAUCUUUAACAAUAAUAAAGGAAGUUCAAUCGUGUCCUCCACAACACUGGCCACGCCAACACACUCCUAUUCGACUACCACUUCAAAAACACCGGAAGAGGAAGAAGAAUACGAAUACGACGAGGAAGAGUACGAAGACAGUUCGAAAGACGAUUCGGGUCAGAAUCGUCCCGUACUACCGACACUAGAAGACGAUGGGUCCUUCUCGCCGCAGCAAUUCACCCUGCAACAGCAAACCCAAAAUAGUCAACCGAAACCGGAAGAUCCGACCAAAACCGGUUCCAAGCCGGCGGUAUCCUUCCAGCAGCAACAUUUCCAAAAUGGCGGCACCCUGGCUGUGACCAACUCACAUGUAACCGUUACGACGCACACGACCAGUAGUAGUAGUAGCAGUAACGGUAGUAACAGUCCAAGUACCCAAAAGAAAAAUGCUCAACAAUUCCUAACGCAAAAGCAGAAGCAUGCCUUCGAGCACCAACAGCUCCAGCAGCAGCAAGUUCUGCUUCAGCAACAGAUGCACGCCAAGCAGCAUCAAGAGCUGCAGAAGAAACAGCAGGAAGCUGCGGUCCAGCAGCAACAGAAAGCCAUCCAGCAACAGCAGAAACAGGUUCAACAACACGAAUCCGAAAUCAAGAACCACCAAGCCCAGCUCCUUCUGCACACGCAGAAGAUCAACCGCCAACAGCAGAAACCCGCUCCAAACAAAUCAACCUAUAAUCCUUACGAGACCAUCAACCCCCAGCAGGAGCAACAAUCUCAAAAAUCACAUCAUCAACAACAACACGAGCAACAGCAGCAACAACAGCAAAGUCAAGCACCAAAGAGAAUUCCACUACUGGCGGCGGUGAACCCACUGGGACCACCGCAAUCGCAGGUGGCUUCGCAACCACCGAGCGCUUCGCAGCUGGCCCCAUUCAGACUGAAGGCGCAGGGCUUCAAACUACCCUCCCAACAGCAGCAGCAGGAGGAUCGUUUCGAGGGAUACCGGAGGCAGCCACCCCCACAGGUAGGUGCAAAUAUACAGGUCUCCUUGCAUCUGCCCUUUGAACAACUCCGCCACCAGAAGGACAUCUCCCUGCAGUUCGAUCCGGAGGAAGAAGACCUAACGCAAAUACCGGAUCGCAAAGAGCUCAAACGGUCCGAUCCACCAUUCCACAGUUCAAUUCACGGCAACAACACGCCGCCCCCGGCCACACUGAAGACAUCCGUGUUCGCUACGCGGCCAUCGUUAACAGCGCAGCCCACCGGUAGAAGUGAGCCCAAACAGCCGGAGCUAGAGUCCGUCAGCUACCCGGACGAUCCGGUCGAGUACUACGACGAAGAUUACAGCGCCGAGCCGUCCAACGGCAAUCCUAGAUUAGAUAGCGUUAAGUCAAACUCCAAUAGCGGUACGGUGGUGGCCCACAAACGCUCCGGAGAGGACCAGCUGGGUGAUCCCAGGGUCCACACCGGCAGCCUUCCGGCCACCCAAGCAAGCAGAACUAGUAGUAGUAGUGGUAGCAAUAGCUCUAAGUCUAAGAACACUAGUAGAUUUAUCAUUAACAAUGAACACCACAAAAGUCCAACCAAUCCGUACAACAGCAACCGAAGUCGUACCGGUCGGGUGUACGAUGGUCGGUCGUCCGUCGCUGGGGGGACAUCUGCUCCUCCCAAAGUCCGUGCCAGCUAUCAACCGCAGCCAAAGGUGAUCGUGACCACCAGUACCUCGAUCCGGGACAACAGCGGACGGACGAUCAACUAUUCCAUCAGCAGCAAUUCGUCCCCUUCGACGACAGCUGCCAGUCACGUGGCUUCCAAUGCCAAAUAUUCCGAGGCCCUGACACGGGGCUACGACGAGUACAAAGAGGACGACGUCCUGUCGGAUCCGUUCUUCCUCGAUGUACCGAAGGUGGGCAGCGGAAGCGGACGGAGAAAGCGCGACGCAUCCUCCCAGCGGAAACGAAGGAAACGGUUCUUGUACAUUGUUCCUCGAUUUAUGUAACUAAAACCACAGUAGAAUGCAUAUGUAAACAUCUCGCCCUCCCCGAUACAAAGAAACGAAAACUAAAAACUCUUCUUAUUUUAUUUGAACAAAACACGAAAAAAUAUUGACUCUAGUUGUAAUGUAGGAAAAAGUAUUUGCGUUAUAAUAUGUUCUAUGUAAAUAUCACUAACCUUUCAAAAAACACCCAAGCGAUAUGAAACAAUACUCAUUUUAUAUAAAUAUACAAACAAUGAAACAAUUCUUGUCUUUUAUAAAAAAAAAACUUCAAAUGUGUACAUUGAUCAUGGAAAUUUUUAAAAUGUGCAAGGUGAGCAAUUUUUGUUUGGAAAUAUUGGUUUAACGUUAAUGUUUGUAAUUAUCCUUCUCUAAUUUAGCUAAUUUAAUUCUUUCCCUAGCACCUUAAGCUUGUAAGUCUUGUACAGUGAAUAUGGAAAUAAGAAAAUUCUUUUAAGUUCUGUAAGAGACAAACAACGUAUGUAAAAGCAACAAUGUGUAUGAACAAGUUAUGGACUUUUGACGGUGAACUCAAGCAAACAGGAACAUCAGGAAAUGGUUUAUAAAGCAACGAAU